UCCCAUAGCACGUUACUUAGUUACCAAAGUUUAGACUGACGCUUUGGAAGUCAUUCAGUCAGCUCAGGCUUGUAUCUAGCACAGGCUGGCUAGUUAGACGCGCAGUAAAUGAUAAAUCUAGAUUUGUGAUGGGACAUUGGAUAGGGAAGAGUUGCUGAUUUUACUCAGAUUUUGCACUUCUGUCAAGAAACCUUCACAUUACAAUGCAGUCUUCACUGAAUCCGAGGCUGCACAAGCCAAAGAUGGACUCCAAACACAACAUGAGCUUCAACAAAGGACUCUCAGGGUUACUUCCUUUGCCUGAAAUAACAAAAGAGCCAUCAGACUUAUAUCAGUUGAUCCUCAAUCACAGUAUCUACCCUCCACUGAUGCAAAGCCAGUCUUGGACUUUGGCAGCCCCUUUCAAAGAGCAACGUUUUCACCGUAACCCCAGCAACUCCAUAGCAAACAACUACUCACCCGCGGCACGUGACCUAAAGCUUGGAGAAAUAUACAAGAAGAUGCCCUCUCCAAGACCAGGCACAGCUAAAACAUCUCCCAGACAUAAAGCCUUAAAUUCUUCAAAGGAUGCAUCAGACGUCCAGAAAAAGUCAAAGCUGUCUCCCAGGAAUAAAAAUAAGUCUAUAGUGCUCAAGGAUAUCACUAAAGAACCAUUGUCUAUGACAGAAAAUCUUCCACAGACAGACUCCAUAAUUCCUUUAAACAGCACACCAUUAACACCAGAGGAGCAGUUACAGAUGAUGAAGAAGCAUGAAGAGGAAAUGGAAAGACGAUGUGGGAAACCAACUCAAAGGGACUUGGAGAGAUAUUUUCACUACAUACACCACAAGAUUCAAGAAGAAAUGCUGGCUCCCCAACAGAAGGAACAGAUGGACAGAAUCUUAGCAAAUGUUCCCAGCCAGCUUUUGAAAAACCCAGCUCUGGAAAAACUGCUUAAAGAAAUAAAGGAAGAGACUGCAUAUGAUUACCACACUAGCCUCAGGAAAAGUAUUGUUGAUUAUAUCCUGAAGGAUCCAGAGGAGAAAGACAGACUCCAAAUUGGCAACAUACCUCGUUAUUUUCCACUUCGGGUGAUCCGUGCUGAAGUUCCAUGGCACUCUUCAUACAGUGAUGCCCACAAAUGGAAUGAAGACCACUUGUUCACAGUGAACGCCAUGAUGUUAGAAUUACAACAGCUCUGGAUUACACAAUUCAGGAAUGUAAGGUUUGUGCGUACCAAUGAAUUGCUAUCUAGCCACCUGCCUCUGCUUCCUGCUGAAUUUGAGGAUUUAGUUCAAAAGCAUUGUUUAGAAGCCCGUGCUACAUUACGAAAUAAGUGGAUACCAGCCUGUGCUUCCUUGUUCAUGUCACAUAAGGAUAAAUGGAUCCAUUUAGUGCCCCAGAAUGAGGAAGAUUCAGCUGUCCAGGUUCAAGAGUUUUUUGCAUGUGUGUCAUCUCUGAUGUCUUUACAGCUACGUGAAAUGGUCAUCAAUUCUCUUAAGGACUUGGUUUCUUUUUUUAAUAUACACAAGGCGGGAAAUGACUUUGGUGACACAUAUGAUGAAAUUAAAUUCAUUACACCACAAAUCCUCAUCAUCAAGCUUAAGGUGGAAGAACCCAAAAUUGCAUUUGACCCAGUUCUGGAGGAAUGUUGGAAUUUAAUAAAGCAUUGCUUCCUGGAAGUUAUUAAGAGCGCGGAAGGUCUUCCAAAAGUAGAAGUGGAGCUUUUUCCAGACCUUCAGAUGAAUAAACUUAUCCUCAGUUCUGUAAGACAAGAUGAAUCUUUGGUCUCCCAUUACGUCAACAAAGCACGGAAGAUAUUCAAUAUGAACACAAUCGGUCCCCAAAAGUACUUAAAUGUUUAUAAAAAAUACAGUGACCUUUUAAAUCAAAAAGCUCAGCAGGAUGUAAUUGCGUUUCUCAAGGAAGAACAUUCUCUGCAGGCCUUUACCAAGAAAAUCACAAGCUUAUCACAGCUUCAGGGAGAAAUUGCAUCCAUGCAAAUCACAGUGCCUCUUGCCAUGUUUUGCCUGGAUGCUUUACGCUUUAAUGAGGAUCUUUGUGCCAGAGCUCAAAAGUUAAAGGAUCAGCUUAUCCAGUAUGAAGUAGAUGAAAACAGGGAGUUGAAUAUAAGUAUUUGUUCCAAAUACAGCAAAAUAGCAGACAGAGUUCGUGAAGUUCCAGCUACUACAGCAGACUUGGUUGAACUGAUAAAUUUCCUUAGAACAUCAAGUGAUGUUACAGUUUAUAAACUAAAGGAUGAGAUCUCAGAAGCAGCCAGUCGCUUGGCAUUCCUUUUGGAUUACGCUACUCUUCAAUAUGAUGAUUUAAAACUAAACAGUGCCGUGUUUCAUUGGCCGGAACAAAUAGAAACCGUGUUUGAAGUCAAUAACAACCGUUUAAUGGCCAAAAGAGACCAUGCUGAAGAUGAGCUGCGGAAAAGACGUUCAGAUUUUGAGAAAAUACUUAAUGGCUACAAUGCUGACAUUGAGGCUUUUAGAAAAAAAGAGACGAUGACUUUGGAUGAAAUGAGAAAUAACAUGGAGAAACUGAAUGAUCUGGAUCAGAACUUGAAUAAGGCACUUCUAGAAUUUGAGGCUAUCAAUACAGAAGAGGAAUUACUGGAAUGGGAGAAGAGUCAAUUCCCUUCAUUGCAAGUGGCAAUAACAAACAAGGUGCCUUUUGAACAACUCUGGGUAACUGCAUAUAACUUCCAAUGUAAAUCUGAGGAAUGGAUGAAUGGUGCAUUCCAGGAUUUAAAUGCAGAGGACAUCUCAGAAGAAGUUGGGAAUAUGUGGAGGACGAUGUACAAGCUGGCUAAGUCAUUUGCUGACAUGCCAGGACCCAGGAGGGUAGCAGAGAAUGUGAAGCUUAAAAUUGACAAGUAUAAAGUACAUCUUCCUAUCAUCUCUGUCAUCUGUAACCGAGGCAUGAAAAGUCGCCACUGGGAAGAGAUAAGUGAGAUUGUUGGAUUUGAUAUCACUCCAGAACCCAAUACAUCUCUCAUUAAUAUGUUGGAGUAUGGAUUGUCCAAAUUCAUAGAUAAGAUGGAGCAGAUUGGGGCAGCAGCAAGCAAAGAAUACUCCUUAGAAAAAGCAAUGGAAAAGAUGAAGGCUGAAUGGUCUAAUAUGAGCUUUAUCUUUGUCCAAUAUCGAGAUACGAGCACAAGCAUCCUAUCAGCUGUUGAUGACAUUCAGUUAUUGCUUGAUGAUCACAUUAUUAAAACACAAACAAUGUGCGGUUCUCCAUUCAUUAAGCCGAUUGAAAAUGAAGCCAAGGAAUGGGAACAGACACUUGUUUUGAUCCAAGAUAUAUUAGAUUCCUGGUUAAAGUGUCAAGCGACCUGGCUCUAUCUGGAACCUAUAUUCAGCUCUGAAGACAUUAUAGCUCAAAUGCCAGAAGAAGGACGGAAAUUUGGUAUUGUAGACAGUACCUGGAAGGACUUAAUGUCUGAAGCGGUGAAAGAUACCAGAGUGCUUAUCGCAACAAAACAGCAGAACAUGUUAGAAAGGCUUCAGGAAUCCAAUAUCCUCUUGGAAGAAAUUCAGAAAGGUUUAAAUUCCUAUUUGGAAAAAAAAAGAUUAUUUUUUCCAAGGUUUUUCUUUCUCUCAAAUGAUGAACUUUUGGAAAUCUUGUCUGAAACAAAGGACCCGCUACGAGUGCAGCCUCACCUAAAGAAAUGUUUUGAAGGAAUCGCCAAACUGGAGUUUACUGAUGACUUAGAAAUCACUGGAAUGAUCAGCUCUGAGAGGGAAACUGUCCCCUUAACACAGAAGAUCUAUCCAGCAAAGGCAAAAGGAAUGGUUGAAAAGUGGCUUUUGGAAGUAGAAGAAAACAUGUUGGCCAGUAUAAGGCGAGUCAUUCAAGAUGGAAUAGACGGAUACGUGGAGGUUCCUCGGAAGCAGUGGGUCUUACAGUGGCCUGGUCAAGUAGCUAUAUGUGUUUCUUCAAUUUACUGGACCAAGGAGGUAUCCGAAGCCAUUACUGAAGGCACUUUACCUGGCUUCUUGGACAAAAGUAAUAAACAGAUCGGUGAGAUAGUUGAGCUUGUCAGAGGGAAAUUGUCUGGUGGUGCCCGGUCUACUUUAGGAGCGCUCACAGUUAUUGAUGUGCACGCUCGUGAUGUUGUUGAAAAGCUGGCCCAGGAUAAAGUGACUGACCUAAGUGAUUUCCAGUGGAUCUCCCAACUUAGAUACUAUUGGGAAAACCGAGACGUCAUGGUCAGAAUGAUCACUACUGAAGCCAAGUAUGGUUACGAGUAUCUCGGUAACUCCCCGCGUUUAGUGAUAACUCCACUAACUGAUCGCUGCUACAGAACAUUAAUGGGCGCAUUGAAGCUAAAUCUUGGUGGCGCGCCAGAGGGUCCAGCUGGAACUGGUAAAACAGAAACUACAAAAGAUCUUGCUAAAGCACUGGCCAAACAGUGCGUUGUGUUUAAUUGCUCAGAUGGCCUUGACUAUAAAGCUAUGGGUAAAUUCUUUAAAGGUCUAGCACAGUCUGGAGCUUGGGCAUGUUUUGAUGAAUUCAACAGAAUUGAGGUUGAGGUGCUGUCCGUAGUGGCCCAGCAGAUUCUCAGCAUACAGCAGGCAAUCAUAAGGAACAUGAAGACUUUCAUGUUUGAAGGAACAGAACUGACCCUCAAUCCAACCUGUUGUGUGUUCAUCACUAUGAAUCCUGGAUAUGCAGGUCGAGCUGAACUUCCAGACAAUUUAAAAGCAUUAUUUAGAACAGUGGCCAUGAUGGUCCCGGACUAUGCACUUAUUGGUGAAAUAUCACUUUACUCCAUGGGUUUUUUGGAUUCUAGAAGCUUGGCUCAGAAGAUUGUCGCUACAUAUAGAUUGUGUUCUGAACAGCUAUCAUCUCAGCACCAUUAUGACUACGGGAUGCGCGCAGUGAAAUCUGUCCUUACUGCAGCUGGAAAUCUCAAGCUUAAAUAUCCAGAACAAAAUGAGAGUGUGCUUCUUCUGCGCGCACUGCUGGAUGUCAACUUGGCUAAAUUCUUAGCACAGGAUGUGCCUCUUUUUCAGGGUAUUAUUUCUGAUCUGUUUCCUGGAGUGGUUCUACCUAAGCCAGAUUAUGACCUUUUUAUCGAAGCACUAAAAGAAAAUAUUGCAAAAAUGAACUUGCAACCUGUUCCAUGGUUUAUUGAAAAAAUAAUUCAGAUUUAUGAAAUGAUGCUGGUGCGUCAUGGUUUUAUGAUUGUCGGAGACCCCAUGGGGGGAAAGACCUGUGCAUAUAAGGUUCUUGCCAAAGCCCUUGCUGAUUUACAUGCAGCUAAAUCAAUGGAUGAGUAUGCAGUGGAGUUUAAAGUGAUCAAUCCUAAAGCCAUUACUAUGGGACAAUUAUAUGGAUGUUUUGACCCAGUAAGUCAUGAGUGGACAGAUGGAGUACUGGCAACUACUUUUCGAGAACAAGCUUCUUCCACUACAGAUGACAGGAAAUGGAUUAUAUUUGAUGGCCCUGUAGAUGCUGUCUGGAUAGAGAAUAUGAACACUGUCCUGGAUGACAAUAAGAAGCUGUGCUUGAUGAGUGGUGAAAUUAUUCAGAUGAAUGCAAAAAUGAGCUUAAUUUUUGAGCCUGCUGACUUAGAGCAAGCUUCCCCGGCAACUGUGAGCAGGUGUGGAAUGAUCUAUAUGGAACCCCAUCAGCUCGGAUGGAAACCUUUGAAAGAUUCCUACAUGAAAACGCUGCCUGAAAGCCUCACAACUGAGCACAAGGAAUUGAUCAACGACAUGUUUAACUGGCUCGUUCAGCCGUGCUUGAAUUUUAUCCAUCUGGAAUGUAAAUUUCUCAUACAGACGUCUUCCAUCCACCUGACAUACAGUAUGAUGAGACUCUACACCUGCCUUCUGGAUGAAAUCAUCAAUUCUGGAAAGGAGGGUAAAGAGCCCAUGUCUAGUCAGCAGAUCACUUUGUGGCUACAAGGCCUUUUCCUUUUUGCUUUGGUUUGGACCAUUGGUGGCACCAUAAAUGCUGACAGCAGGAAGAAGUUUGAUUGUUUCUACCGGAACCUCCUGAUGGGAAUGGAUGAUCAAAAUCCUAGACCAAAGAGUGUUAAAUUGACCAAAAACAACUUGUUCCCAGAGAGAGGAACUGUAUAUGACUUUUAUUUUCACAAACAUGCCAGUGGACAGUGGAAUAUGUGGACUGAUUACAUUACCAAAGAGGAAAUGACCAUUUCUCCCACUGCCAAGGUGUCAGAUCUUAUUAUACCAACAACUGAAACUGCCAGACAAUCAUUUUUCUUAAAUACAUAUGUGGAACAUUCAGUUCCUAUACUGUUUGUGGGACCCACUGGAACAGGGAAAUCUGCAAUAACAAACAGUUUCUUGAUAAAACUUCCAAAAGAUAAGUAUAUUGCCAACUGCAUCAAUUUCUCAGCAAGAACUUCUGCAAACCAGACCCAGGAUAUCAUAUUCUCCAAGCUGGAUAGGAGGAGGAAAGGCCUUUAUGGCCCCCCAGUAGGGAAAAAAGCUGUUGUGUUUGUGGAUGAUCUAAAUAUGCCUGCAAAAGAAGUUUAUGGAGCCCAACCACCCAUUGAACUAUUAAGACAGUGGAUUGACCAUGGGCAUUGGUAUGAUAGAAAAGACACUUCAAGGUUGGAUAUUGUAGAUAUCCUGUUAAUUUCGGCUAUGGGGCCCCCCGGUGGUGGAAGAAACGACAUUACUGUUCGUUUCACGCGUCACUUGAACGUAGUCUCCAUAAAUGCCUUUGAUGAUGAAACUCUAACAAAAAUAUUUUGUUCUAUUGCUGACUGGCACUUCGGCAAAGGAUUUGAUUUUGCAUUCUUAAGAUCUGGCAAGCUUAUGAUACAGGCCACCAUGGCAAUUUACAAAACAGCUGUCGAAAACUUCUUGCCAACUCCAUCAAAAUCUCAUUAUGUUUUUAAUUUAAGAGACUUCUCCCGGGUUGUGCGAGGAGUGUUGCUGUGUCCACAUACACAUCUUCAGGACAAUGAUAAAUUGAUCAGGCUCUGGAUCCAUGAAGUUUACCGUGUAUUUUAUGACCGUUUAAUUGACCCCGAAGACAGACAGAUGUUCUUUAACAUGGUAAAAGAGACAACAUCCAAUUGCUUUAAACAAAGCGUCGACAAGGUUCUAAGCCACUUGGCACCUACAGGAAAUGUGGUUGAUGACAAUAUUAGAAGCCUCUUCUUCGGAGACUAUUUUAAACCUGACAGUGAUGUUCGAGUAUAUGAUGAAAUCACUGAUCUGAAGCAGCUGACAAAUGUCAUGGAAUACUAUCUGGAUGAAUUUAAUAAUGUCAGCAAAGCACCAAUGUCCUUGGUAAUGUUUAAGUUUGCUAUAGAACAUAUCUCAAGAAUUUGUCGGGUGUUGAAACAAGACAAUGGCCACUUGCUGCUGGUCGGAAUUGGUGGAAGUGGGAGGCAGAGUGCUACCAAACUGGCCACUUUCAUGAACUCCUUUGAGCUCUUCCAGAUUGAGAUAUCAAAAAACUACACGCUAAAUGAAUGGAGAGAUGAUGUGAAGAAAGUUAUGUUGCAAGCAGGUGUGGCGGGCAAGAGCAGUGUCUUUCUGUUCUGCGAUAACCAAAUCAAAGAUGAAGUGUUUGUAGAAGAUAUCAACAUGCUGCUGAAUACUGGGGAUGUCCCUAAUAUCUUUCCAGCAGAUGAGAAGGCAGAUAUAGUUGACAAAAUGCAGUCCAUCGCAAGGACAGAGGGGAAGAAAAUUGAAGCAACUCCUAUGGCUAUGUACAACUUCUUCAUUGAGAGAGUCAAGGCCAAUUUACACAUUGUGUUAGCUAUGAGUCCUAUUGGUGAUGCCUUCCGCAAUCGACUGCGCAUGUUUCCUUCACUGAUAAACUGCUGUACAAUUGAUUGGUUCCAGACAUGGCCAACUGAUGCUUUAGAGAUGGUGGCCAACAAGUUCUUGGAAGAUGUGGACCUUGAUGAUGACAUUAGGAAAGAGGUUGUUUCCAUGUGCAAAUAUUUCCAAGAAAGCGUCAAGGAGCUGUCAGACAGUUACUACAACACACUGCGCAGACACAACUACGUCACCCCAACCUCGUACCUGGAGCUGAUCCUCACUUUCAAGACUUUACUAAACCGCAAACGUUAUGAGGUGGACACCAUGAGGAACCGAUACCUUGUUGGUCUUGAAAAACUAGAAUUUGCAUCAUCACAAGUUUCAGUUAUGCAGAAAGAGCUCACUGCGCUUCAACCAGAAUUGAUUAAAACUUCAGCAGACACAGAGAAGAUGAUGAUUAAAAUAGAAAAGGAGACUGUAGACGUUGACGCUAAAAGAGAAUUGGUGUCUGCUGACGAGAAGGUGGCUAAUGAGGCAGCUGCAGCCUCUCAAGCAAUUAAGGAUGAAUGUGAAGGAGACUUGGCUGAGGCCAUGCCAGCUUUGAAAGCUGCAAUAUCAGCUCUUGACACGCUGAACCCUUCUGAUAUUACACUUGUGAAAGCUAUGCAGCAUCCUCCAGCACCUGUGAAGCUGGUCAUGGAAAGCAUCUGUGUGAUGAAAGGCAUAAAGCCUGAGAGGAAGCCUGACCCAACUGGAACAGGAAAAAUGGUGGAAGACUUCUGGGGUCCUUCAAAAAAAAUACUUGGAGACAUGAAGUUUCUGGAUAGUUUAAAAGCGUUUGAUAAAGACAACAUUGAUCCUGCCUGUAUGAAAAAGAUCCGUGAGAAAUUUAUCAACAAUGAAGACUUUCAGCCAUCUGUCAUUAAGAAUGUGUCAUCAGCUUGUGAAGGUUUGUGCAAGUGGGUCAGAGCUUUGGAGGUGUACGAUCGUGUGGCAAAAGUAGUUGCUCCUAAACGUGAACGUCUUAAAGAAGCUGAGGCUAAGCUGGCUGUACAGAUGGAACAGCUGAACAUCAAGCGAGCUGAACUAAAGGCUGUGGAAGACCGCCUGCAAGCUUUAAAUGAUGAUUUUAAUGCCAUGAAUAACAAGAAGGAAGAACUGGAAAAGAAUAUUGAAAUCUGUUCUCAGAAACUGGUCCGUGCUGAGAAACUGAUCAGUGGACUUGGUGGAGAGAAAGACAGGUGGACAGAAGCUGCACGACUCCUAGGGAAUACGUACAUAAAUCUUACUGGAGAUGUCCUCCUAUCUUCGGGAACUGUGGCCUAUCUAGGUGCUUUCACUGUAGAUUAUCGUCAAAAGUGUCAAAGUCAAUGGCAUGUAUUGUGCAAAGAGAAGAAAAUACCCUGCACAAAUGACUUUAGCUUGAGUAACACCCUGGGCGAGCCUAUUAAAAUCCGUGCUUGGCAGAUAGCUGGUCUCCCAGUUGAUUUUUUUUCAAUAGACAAUGGAAUUAUUGUUUCAAAUUCAAGAAGAUGGGCUUUAAUGAUUGAUCCUCAAGGGCAAGCUAACAAGUGGAUAAAGAAUAUGGAGAAAACCAACAAACUCUCUGUCAUCAAGUUGUCAGAUUCAACAUACACGAGAACAUUGGAGAAUGCAAUACAGUUUGGGUAUCCAGUUUUAAUUGAAAAUAUUGGGGAAGAAAUAGAUGCCAUUUUGGAGCCUUUGCUUUUAAAACAAACUUUUAAACAGCAAGGGGUUGACUAUAUUCGUCUUGGUGAAAAUAUUAUAGAAUACUCAAAAGACUUUAGGCUUUACAUAACCACUCGAUUAAGAAACCCGCAUUAUCUCCCAGAGGUGGCUGUGAAAGUGUGUCUUCUCAACUUCAUGAUUACCCCUUUGGGUCUUCAGGACCAACUUCUUGGCAUUGUAGCUGCAAAAGAAAAGCCUGAACUAGAAGAAAAAAAGAAUCAACUAAUUAUUGAAAGUGCAGCCAACAAAAAGCAGCUAAAGGAGAUAGAAGACAAAAUAUUGGAGGUACUGUCAUCUUCAAAAGGUAACAUAUUAGAAGACGAGACUGCUAUCAAAGUUUUGUCCUCAUCAAAACUGCUUUCUGAAGAAAUUUCAGAGAAACAGCAAAUUGCUUCUGCCACUGAAAAGGAAAUUGAUGAGACCCGAAUGGGAUACAAACCUGUUGCUAUUCAUUCAUCCAUUGCAUUUUUCUGCAUUUCUGAUCUGGCCAACAUUGAGCCAAUGUACCAAUAUUCACUUACCUGGUUCAUUAACCUUUAUGUUCACUCAGUUGCUCAUAGUGAAAGGAGUGAAUACUUAAACACCAGAAUAUCAAAUAUUAUACAACAUUUUACUCAAAGCAUUUAUAAGAAUGUCUGCAGGUCCUUGUUUGAAAAAGAUAAGCUCUUGUUUUCUCUUCUUUUUACCAUUGGCAUAAUGAAAGGAGAAGAUAAAAUAGAUGAUGAAGUAUGGCGCUUCCUCUUGACUGGCGGAGUAGCACUUGACAACCCUUACCCAAACCCAGUUCCCCAGUGGUUGUCUGAUAAAUCCUGGGCAGAAAUUGUUCGAGCAUCUAACCUUCAAGCACUUACUGGCUUAAUGGAUCAUUUUAAAAAAAAUAUUUCGAAAUGGAAGAUGAUUUAUGACUCCUUUAAACCUCAUGAAGAAACAUUUCCAGAUAAAUGGCAAGAAUUGACAGGAAUAAGUCGCAUGGUGAUACUCAGAUGCCUACGACCUGACAAAAUGGUUCCAGCAAUACAAGAAUUCAUUGCAGAAAAUAUGGGCAAAGCUUAUAUUGAGCCACCAACAUUUGACCUUACAGGAAGUUAUAAUGAUUCUAACUGUUGUGCUCCAUUGAUUUUUGUGCUAUCUCCUGGUGCUGAUCCUAUGGCAGGCUUGUUAAAAUUUGCAGAUGACCUUGGCAUGGGAGGGGAAAACAUCCAGACCAUAUCACUUGGGCAGGGUCAAGGGCCCAUAGCAGAAAGUAUGAUCAAUCAGGCCAUAAAAGAUGGGACCUGGGUGGUCCUCCAGAACUGUCACCUUGCCACCAGCUGGAUGCCCACUCUGGAGAAGAUCUGCGAGGAGACUAUUGUACCAGAAAAUACCAAUGAGAAGUUCAGGCUCUGGUUAACUAGUUAUCCUUCAGACAAAUUUCCUGUAAGCAUCCUCCAGAAUGGUAUAAAAAUGACCAAUGAACCCCCUAAAGGACUGAGGGCUAAUCUGUUGCGAUCAUACCUGAACAAUCCUAUAUCAGACCCAGUUUUCUUCAGCAGCUGCCAGAACCCCAGGAUUUGGCAAAAACUCUUAUUUGGCCUGUGCUUCUUUCAUGCUCUAGUUCAAGAAAGAAGAACCUUUGGCCCAUUAGGUUGGAAUAUCUCGUAUGAGUUCAAUGAAUCAGACCUAAGAAUCAGCAUGAGACAGAUUCAGAUGUUCCUCAAUGAGUAUAAAGCGGUUCCUUUUGAGGCUCUUACAUACCUGACAGGGGAAUGUAACUAUGGUGGAAGAGUAACCGAUGACAAGGACAGGCGCCUCCUUCUGUCCCUGCUUUCCAUAUUCUACAAUGAGGAUAUACAGCAAGAUAACUACAGACUUUCCCCCGGAGACCUUUAUUAUAUGCCUCCAUACGGCACAUAUCAGUCCUUUGUGGAUUACAUAAGAAAUUUACCUCUUAUCGCUCACCCAGAGGUGUUUGGAUUGCAUGAGAAUGCUGACAUCACCAAAGAUAACCAGGAGACUAACCAGCUGUUUGAAGGGGUCCUUCUCACUCUGCCCAGGCAAACAUCAGGGAGCGGUAAAUCUUCUCAAGAGAUUGUUGAAGAUUUGGCUAGAGAUAUACUCAAUAAAUUGCCAAAUGAUUUUAACCUGGAUGAAGUGAUAGAAAAAUAUCCUGUGGUCUAUGAGGAAUCAAUGAAUACAGUGCUUAGACAGGAACUGAUUCGCUUUAACAGGCUCACAGAUGUUGUACGGAGCAGUCUGAUCAAUUUAGGUAAAGCUAUCAAAGGCCAAGUGUUGAUGUCAGCAGAGCUGGAGAAUGUAUUUAACAGUAUGCUGGUUGGGAAAGUACCUACCAUGUGGGCUGCUAAAUCCUACCCCUCACUGAAACCCCUGGGCAGCUAUGUAUCUGACCUGCUCUCCCGCCUGCAGUUCCUACAGGAUUGGAUAGACAAUGGUCCACCCAAAGUAUUCUGGAUAUCAGGAUUUUAUUUCACCCAAUCAUUUUUGACUGGCGUUUCCCAGAAUUAUGCUAGAAAAUAUACAAUCCCUAUUGACCAUAUUGGAUUUCAGUAUAAGGUGACCAGUUAUGAACACACCAUAGACACCUCUCCAGAAGAUGGUGCGUACAUCAGAGGACUCUUCCUAGAGGGAGCACGCUGGGACAGACAACAGAUGCAGAUUGGAGAAUCUCUUCCCAAAAUCCUGUAUGAUUCUCUACCUGUCAUAUGGCUGAAACCAGGAGAAAGCGCAAAAUUUGAGCACAAAAACUUAUAUUUCUGUCCAGUAUAUAAAACCAGCGCUAGGCGGGGAACACUCUCAACCACCGGCCAUUCCACCAACUAUGUCCUCCCUAUAGAACUUCCCACAGACAAACCUCAGAAACACUGGAUUAACCGUGGUGUGGCAGCCCUCUGCCAGCUGGAUGAUUAAUUUAUACAGAGUACUGUAGGAUUUCUCUCUUCAUAGUAGUUCUUUUAUUUUCACUACUGCUAUACACAUUUAUACAUUUCAGAUGUCACAUAGUAUGUGCCCUAAAACCAGCCUGCUAUGUACAAUUGGUUGUACAAAUCUUAAUAAAUUUGAACCUAAUCCAA